GUUUGCAGACAUUUUCCCCGACCAAAUCAGCACUGACUCACUUCACCUCAUCUCAUCUCAUCCCAUCUCACCCUCCUCCACCCUCAACAACCUUACCUGUACAUAUUCCCCUUUCACCAUAAAAGCCCAGCAGAAUCCCUCGACCCUCAACCCUCAACCACCAGACUCAAAAAACGGUCAAAAAAAACGAUGACCUUCACAACCCACCUCCUCCCACCCCCCUCCCCAUCCCCAUCCUCGAAUCCCAAAUUCACCCUCCCGACCCCGACCACCCCAAGUCCACCCACCAACCCCCCCCUCCUAACCGACGCCCUCACCAUCCGCCAAACAGUCUUCAUCGACGAACAACACUGCUCCGCCGAGGAGGAGAUCGAUGCCGACGACGGCCGCAGCUGGCAUUGGGUGGUGUACCAUUCCUCAAAACCUACCUCAACCGGGACAGACACCACGGACCGAGAAUCUUCUCCACCCGAAGCAAUGGGAAGCAGCCGCACCCCCGUCGCGACGAUCCGGCUCGUGCCGCCGCCGAAUGUCCACGAGCACCAGCACCACGCCCACAACGGAGCCGAGAAUGGGGCAGAGCAAGAACAAGAACCCUACAUCAAGUUGACGCGGGUGGCGGUGCUGCGCGAGUACCGGGGGUAUGGGCUGGGGCGGGCGGUGGUGGAGACGGCGUUGGCGUGGGCGCGGGAGCAUGCGAGGGAGAUUGAUGAGGCUGCCGUGGCUUUUGCAAGGGCUUCCGCAGAGAAAGAUGGGGUGGAGGUGGUGGCGCGCCCGGUUUGGAAUGGGUUGGUGUUGGUGCAUGCGCAGACGCAAGUGGAGAAGAUGUAUGAGCGGUGUGGGUUUGUGACGGACGAGGGGAUGGGGAGGUGGGAUGAGAAUGAGAUUGAGCAUUUGGGGAUGUGGAGGAGGCUUGUUUUGGAAUAGAGUCUGAAGGCCUUUGUAUAGAGGGUGUGGUGUGUGG